UAGAAACCAAUCCAUUUUUUAUUAGAGAGAGAAUUGGAUGAUCCUUGGUGGUUGGUUGUGGAUUGUGUCAGCUCCACAGUUCCAUAGCUUCCAUGGACGAAGAAGAAGUUUAAAGAGUACACUCUUCUCUGGAAGACCCUCCCAUUACUUUGCCUCUCAAUCCCCAUCUAUCGUCGCCGGCCCUUCCUCUCUAUUGGGUUGUUGGAAUACAACGCCGUCUCUGAUUUUGCCGCCUCUGUUUAGAGUUCGUCUUCAGAAAUGCAAGUUCUGGCAUGCAAUACUCCCCAUUUCUUGGGAAGGCGGGAAUUAUGCUUUGAUGGCGUGUCUUCUGUUUCUCAACCCUCCACUUCAAAUCCCACCACUGCUCAAUCCAUUUCCAUUCAAAGGAGUGCGGGCGAUGAGUCUGGGGAUCUGGGUUCUGUACUUAGCAGCAAAUUUCUUUUCACAACUCGGCGGACGUUAUUUGCUAGUUUGUUCCUAAGUUCUUGGGCAUAUCCUUCAAGUGUAUUUACAGCUCAAGCUUUGGGAGAUCCAUCUGUAACCAUUGAGGAAGUAACUCCCACUAUUUUCCCUUCUGGAACCCUCUUCCCUACAGAGGAAAGAAUUGUCCAACUGUUCGAGAAAAAUACGUACUCUGUCGUCAAUAUUUUCGAUGUAACUUUGCGACCUCAACUUAACGUAACUGGCAUGGUUGAGAUUCCUGAAGGAAAUGGUUCGGGAGUAGUCUGGGAUGAUCAAGGACAUAUAGUAACAAAUUAUCAUGUAAUUGCUAGUGCUCUUGCAAGAAAUCCGAGUCCUGGGCAGGUUGUUGCACGUGUUAAUAUUCUCGCAUCCGAUGGGAUACAGAAGAAUUUUGAAGGCAAGCUCAUUGGUGCAGACCGUACAAAGGAUCUUGCUGUUUUGAAGGUGGAUGCCUCAAAUGAGUUGUUGAGGCCAAUCAAGGUGGGGCAGUCAUCUUCUCUUAAAGUGGGGCAACAAUGCUUGGCAAUUGGAAAUCCUUUUGGUUUUGAUCAUACCCUCACCGUUGGAGUCAUUAGUGGACUGAACCGUGACAUUUUUAGUCAGACUGGUGUCACCAUUGGGGGCGGAAUCCAAACGGAUGCAGCUAUUAAUCCUGGGAAUAGUGGAGGUCCUCUACUUGACUCGAAAGGGAACUUAAUUGGUAUUAAUACUGCUAUUUUUACUCAAACAGGAACAUCAGCUGGGGUUGGUUUUGCAAUCCCAUCUUUAACCGUAGUCAAGAUUGUUCCUCAGUUAAUCCAAUUUGGCAGAGUAAUUCGGGCUGGCAUAAAUGUAGAUUUUGCUCCCGACCUGAUCGCUAAUCAACUCAACGUUCGUGAUGGAGCUCUAAUUCUACUGGUUCCUGCAAAUAGUCCUGCAGCCAAAGCCGGACUAUUACCCACCACCAGAGGUUUUGCAGGCAAUAUAGUACUCGGAGACAUCGUCACCGCCAUUGAUAACAAGCCGGUAAGAAACAAAGCAGAAUUGUACAAGUUAUUGGAUGAGUACAACGCCGGAGACAAAGUUAUUUUAAAGAUAGAGAGAGGAGGACAAAGUCUGGAGCUGCCUCUGAUAUUAGAAGAAAGUCAAUAGGAAGUCGAAGGUAGCAGCAGAGUCUUGGGAAGAACAUGCUAACCAUUACAACAUUCAACUCGGAAUCAAAUGGAGAAGUAGAAGAAGAAAAGCAAUGGAAGCAAAUGUUUUUGGUAAAAUGAGGUAAUCUUGUGUUAUAGAAUUUAAAGCUUUCUAUGGAAAGUUGCUGAGUUGCAUGUUUCAAAUUGUAAUUGGAAGCAUGAAAUGUGGUGUGUUUUGAUGAUGGGGUGGACUCAGCUUGUCCAGCUGAGGCAUCAACUAUUAGCUUGUGUUAGUAUCAAUGUAAAUGUUCAUGUAAAGAUCAAUAUCAGCACGAUGCGUCGUAAUGGAUCCAAUUCAAGACUCAA